UUGUAUAAACCGUCAAUAUGAAUACAGACACAGAGUAAUUAAAAAGUAUUCAGGAGGCGUCAGUUCUGUAGCAGUCGCAGCUGGGAGCAAGUCACGUGUAACGGUAAAACUCCUUUAAAUCCACGGGGAGAACACCACACACACACACAGAGUUGAUGGUCUAACAGCGGGAGGGAGGGGGAACAUGAAUUCUGUCCUGAUCGCAAUAGCUGUACUAAGUUGCGUUUCAGCAAAUGAGCGAACGAUCAACGAUAUUAUUUCCACACUGGAGAAGGCAGUUCUCUUCUUUGAAACCAACCAUGAUCGAUUUAAUUUGGACGGAGUGUCAGGGUACAGUAUAUUACAAGCUCUGCUGGAAGAUACGUUGAAGAGAUGGUCUCUGUCAGAACCCGAAACUGACUCUCUGUAUACAAGGGUGGAGGAUCUUGUGAUAAAAGUGGGCUUCAUGGUAGAGAUGGCUAUCAAAGAAGUAAAAUUACAUCAGCCUGCAUAUUUCGAUGCCUUUGAACCAUUACUACAAAUUAAUUUCUGGACUUUCAGACCUGAAUGGACUCAGACAGACAGUAAAUUGGUCUAUCCUAAAUGGAGGGUUAAAGAAUGUUUUGAGGAGGAAGACAGUGACACCUGCAUAUUUCAAAUAUUAGGUACCGGGAAGGAUUAUAAAGUGCCUUGCCUGGAUACAACCAUGUGUAAGAAGCUGAUGACAACACUAUAUUGCCCAGAUUACUCCCUGUCACACCAACUGCUGUACUUUAUUUUUGCUGAGAUAAAAAACUGCACAAAUAUAGUGGGAUCUUGGCACCCAGGGCUGAGACGUUCUGUAAGUACUCAACACCUUAAGAAAAUCUACUGCACCAAUAUGAUGGAAACAAACUUGCAGAUUGAAAAUGAUGGUUUUCCUGUAUAUCGACGUGAUUUAUUUCUGGAAAACAUAAUGCUUUGCGGGAUGAUUGGAUAUUCUGAUUUCUACAAGACCCGGUGGCUUGAAGCCAUUCUAUCAUGGCAGUACCCCAAUGGUUGCUAUGUGAAGAUGGGUAGGAGUAUGCACUCAAAAGAGGGGAAAGAAAAUGCACACACAGUACACAAGAAAGUGAAGAGAGAAGAUGUCCUAUUGGAUGAUAAUUGCUCAUGUCAUAAGACUGCUGUCGCUGUAGGAGCUUUAGGUGGCUACCUUCGUUUUUAUGGAAUAAGCCAGAACGUCAUAGAACCAUGAAAAAUCUACCAAACACAACUUGUCCUUGCGAUUAUAUUGAAUUAAUAAUAUCAUGAAUGUAUCAUACAACAAUUCUGCACUUCAUCCUAUGACUUAAGUUGUUUAGAACAAUUACUCCUACAAUUAGCUGAAGUUGAAGAUGGAAAAAUGUUUAUCUUGAGAAAGCAAGGGUAAGACAUUCAGAGAAAUUCUAUUUAAGAUAGAUAUAGAAUUAAUUGUUUUCAAAUGGUGAGUUCAGAUCAUAACUAUGUGAGUUCCUCCGGGCUCUGGUUUCCUCUUAUGUGACUUUAGUUAAGUUAAUUAGCUCAGUUACCCUUAGUAUAGGUGAGUGGAAAGAGAAUCAGAGGUUGUCAAUGAGUGAGUGAGAACAGGUUACAAUAAAGUAAGUGGGAGCUGGCCAACGUUCCAUCUAUUUCUUUUUACAACUGCACAGACUAACCAUUGCUCCGAGCAGGA